AUGGCUCCGCAAAAUGAAAAGAGCUCCCUUAAACGCAGCAGGGUCAGCACAGACCAUGAUUCACAAGAUUUGAAGAAACCGCGACGCUCUCAGAGAACCACAGCGCAAGACCAAUCACAAGCUACUCCGGUGAAUCAGUCAUACCUACCUACACCUCUAACCCAACAAAACUCAACUGCGACGGACAUUAGAAAAGAAGUCACGACUUCACCAGAUAACUCUAGCCAGAUACGCCACCACACGCCACUCAAUUCAGAUACUCUCCAAACAUGUUCGUCUCCUCCUGGUGAUACGCAGGCUCUGUCACAAUUCGUAUAUCCGCCCAGAGCAUUUGCCGAUGAAGUUGAAGACGAGACUGCUGAAGGGGUUUGGGGCUACCUUAUCCCGCUUGAUGAAAAGGUUCGGAAGCCACUUGUUCUGAGAAAACGGGAUAGCUGCGGAGAUCACACGGAUGUGAAGUCCAAGGGCAAAUCCGGAAAGGGGCCUCAACGACAAGACAAAUCCUCCGGAAGCAAGCAAGCGAAGAGCCAGCCCCCCGGCGGUUAUCUAAUUGGCCGCCACCCAGAAUGCGACUUGGUUGUUAACGCCCCCACCGUGUCUAAUCGACACUUUUUGAUUUUUUCAGAAAAUAGAAAAGGAGGGUUUUUUGCGAUUCUGGAGGAUUUGUCCAGCAAUGGCACGUUUAUUAAUGAUGCAAUAGUUGGGCGGAACAAGCACCGCGAACUUGAAGAUGGUGAUGAAGUUACUAUCUUAGAUGAGGCGCGUUUUGUUUUCCGAUACCCUCGCACAAGGGAUACAAGCGGGUUCCGCCAACAAUACAAACUCCUUCAACAAUUAGGGAAAGGUCACUUUGCAACUGUCUAUCUCUGUGCGGGCCGGUCUACAGGAACAAAAUACGCCGUUAAGGUGUUUGAAAAACGCUCCGGCGAUUCUCAAAAAUCCCAGGCGGACGCUUUGCAACAAGAGAUAGGUCUUUUAAUGGGUGUUAGCCACCCAAAUUUACUAUGUCUCAAAGACACCUUCGACGAAAGUGGUGGCGUGUAUCUCGUUCUGGAACUUGCUCCGGAAGGCGAACUCUUCAACCUAAUUGUUAGUAUGCAGAAGUUUUCCGAGACUGAAACACGCCAUAUAUUCGUUCAGCUUUUUGAAGGAUUAAAGUAUCUGCAUGAUCGUGGUAUCGUCCAUCGGGACAUAAAACCCGAGAAUAUCCUUGUUGCAGACAAGAAGCUGACUGUGAAACUUGGCGAUUUCGGUCUUGCCAAGAUUAUUGGUGAGGACUCAUUCACAACAACAUUCUAUGUGGCACCAGAGAUAUUACAAGACUCCCGCCGCCGCAGAUACACAAAAGCUGUGGAUAUCUGGUCCCUUGGUGUUGUUCUCUAUAUAUGUCUCUGUGGAUUUCCGCCUUUCUCCGAUGAGCUCUAUACACCCGAGAACCCGUACACUUUAGCGCAACAGAUCAAAAUGGGUCGGUUUGAUUAUCCAUCACCCUACUGGGAUUCUGUGGGCGAUCCGGCUCUGGACCUCAUAGACAAGAUGCUCACGGUUGAUGUCACCAAGAGAAUUACAGUAGACGAAUGUCUAGAACAUCCAUGGCUUACUGGGAAAUACCCUAGUGUUUCUGACAGCACAGAUGGGUUGACCGGGGCUUUGGGAAAACUGGACUUCUCGAAGCGAAAAAUAGUACGCGAACGGACCCUCCUUAGCAGUGUCAAUAAUGUCCAUUUCAGUGAGCACGUGGAGGGAGGCGGUGCCCCGGUGAAAGUUUUUCACAAAAACAGCGCCGGGAAGCGCGUGUACAACCGGCCUGCCAAAGUUGUCCAGGAAUGCGAAACGUCGCCUGACGAAAACAGUGCUCCUAAUGAUUUUGUCAACCUUGGAGAGCGUGGGGAUCCAGUGUUGUUUGAAGAAGACCGCACGAACGUCUGCGAGCGCUGCUCUGAUUUCUCAUCAUGGGUGCUCGCUAGCAUGGGAUUAGUAUCCCUGCUUGUCAUCUCUGUGAUUCUCAACGUCUUGCGACAACUUCUCUUCAAAAACCCCAAAGAACCCCCUGUGGUCUUCCACUGGUUUCCUUUUAUUGGUAGUACCGUCAGCUAUGGCAUGGAUCCGUACUCGUUCUUCUUUAAUUGCCGCGCAAAGUAUGGCGAUAUUUUUACGUUCGUCCUCCUCGGCAAGAAGACAACUGUUUACCUAGGCACCAAGGGCAAUGACUUUAUUCUGAAUGGCAAGCUCCGAGAUGUCUGCGCCGAAGAGGUUUAUUCGCCGCUUACGACACCUGUGUUUGGGCGCCAUGUGGUGUACGAUUGCCCCAAUGCUAAGCUCAUGGAGCAGAAGAAGUUUGUGAAAUAUGGUCUUACAUCCGAUGCACUUCGCUCAUAUGUUCGCUUGAUUACAAGCGAAGUGGAAGGUUUUGUACAAAACUCCUCGGCAUUUCAAGGCUCCAAGGGUAUCUUCGACGUCUGCAAAACAAUUGCCGAGAUUACUAUCUACACCGCUUCGCGUUCCCUUCAAGGGAAGGAAGUCCGGAGUAGAUUUGAUUCCACCUUCGCUGAACUAUAUCAUGAUCUCGACAUGGGUUUCGCCCCCAUUAAUUUCAUGUUACCUUGGGCGCCCCUUCCCCAUAACCGCAAGCGUGAUGCCGCCCAGAAAAAGAUGACUGAAACAUAUAUGGAAAUUAUAAAGGAACGCCGUAAGACUGGCAGCAAAAAAGAUUCAGAAGACAUGGUCUGGAACCUUAUGUCCUGCGCGUACAAAGAUGGAAAACCAGUCCCCGACGAGGAAAUUGCCCAUAUGAUGAUUGCUCUACUCAUGGCUGGCCAGCACUCUUCGUCAUCUACUGCGGCUUGGAUCGUCCUGCAUCUUGCAGCUUCCCCUGAAGUAACGGAGGAACUCUAUCAAGAACAACUCCGCAUUCUCGGACGUGACGAGUCUCCGCUCACUUAUGAGAGCUUGCAAAAAUUAGAUCUGCAUGCAAAGGUCAUCAAAGAAACUCUUCGCAUACAUGCACCAAUUCACUCCAUCAUCCGGGCUGUCAAGAAUCCAAUGCCAGUAGAAGGCACCCCUUACGUGAUCCCGACUUCACACAAUGUCCUCUCAUCCCCAGGUGUUACUGCAAGAUCAGAAGAACAUUUCCCUAAUCCACUUAAAUGGGACCCCCAUCGAUGGGAUGAAACUAUCGCUACCAAUGCUGAAGAUGAAGAGAAGGUUGACUAUGGCUACGGCUUGGUCACCAAAGGUACUAACAGCCCAUAUCUUCCAUUCGGCGCCGGACGGCAUAGAUGCAUUGGCGAACAAUUCGCUUAUGUCCAGCUCGGUGCGAUAACUGCGGCUCUAGUAAGAUUGUUCAAGUUUCGCAACCUCCCGGGUGUUAAUAGUAUUCCGGAGACAGACUACUCAUCACUGUUUUCCAAGCCCUUAGGAAAAUCGGUCAUACAGUUCGAGAAGCGCGAGCCCGUUGCCAAGGCAUAG